GAGCGAGAGUUUUGAAUUUAAUUUUGAGAAAUGCUCCGUAUUUUUAUUUAAAUUUAAUUGAUCGGAGUGCAAAAUAAUUCAAAAAAAUAUCGUGAAACAAAAAACAGAAGUAUACAAACAAAACACAAAUAAAGUGCAUGUAAUAAUAAUACUAUUGUAUACCACAGCGAAUUCAAUCUCUUAGAAAUAAAUUGUAACUUUUGCAUUUAACACAACAAAACAACAACAACAAGUAACAAAAUGGUAAACAAACCAACGAACGGACCAGCUCUUCAUAAAGUGAUCAUGGUCGGCAGUGGCGGCGUUGGAAAAUCCGCCCUCACCUUGCAAUUCAUGUAUGACGAGUUCGUGGAGGAUUAUGAACCAACAAAAGCCGACAGUUAUCGCAAAAAGGUUGUUUUGGACGGCGAAGAAGUACAAAUUGAUAUUCUAGAUACAGCGGGUCAGGAAGAUUAUGCUGCCAUUAGAGAUAAUUAUUUUCGUAGCGGAGAGGGAUUUUUAUGCGUGUUCUCAAUAACGGACGACGAGAGUUUUCAGGCAACUCAAGAAUUCAGGGAACAAAUAUUGCGUGUAAAAAACGAUGAAAACAUACCAUUUCUAUUAGUUGGUAAUAAAUGUGAUUUGAAUUCGCGACGCAAGGUACCGUUAGCCGAAUGUCAAUCACGUGCCCAAGCAUGGGGAGUGCCGUACGUUGAGACAUCCGCAAAAACAAGGGAAUGCGUGGAUAAGGUAUUCUUUGAUCUAAUGCGCGAGAUACGAUCACGGAAGACGGAAACCAAGCAAGAAGCUCAGAAGAAACCCAGCAAAAAACGCAAACUCAAAUGCACAAUUAUCUAGAGUACAAGAUCGCCAAAAAAUAAAAAAGUUCAUCAAAAAUAGUCCCGAAAACACACUGUAUCCUGUGUAAAAAUAAAUCGAUAUUUUUAUCACGUCAAGAAAUAGUCUAAGCGAAAUUUAAACAUAUUAAGCGCGAAAUCAAUUUUUACACCAUCUGCGCUGACUUUUACAAAUCUCAAACAGAGAAAAUAUAUAUUAAAAUUUGCUACUCAAGUCUUUAUAAAAAUAAAAGAAAAAAAUCAACUGUAACAAAAAAUACAUAAAAAUAGCUCUUAAAUAUAAAUAAAUAAAUAUAAAAUAAUAAUAAUGCACUUUAAAUAAUUUUAAUUAAUUUAUA